CCACUGUUUGGUCCGCUCCCUUGUCCCGCCAACCAGAGCCUGUUCGCGAAACGGGAAGCACGAACAACAAAUUACUACUUACCGUGGCCGUGGACUGACCGUGACUCUUGUCACCGUCACCAAAUCUACAACAAUACAUCACCCUCGACCACGGCUGUCGGUCAGGUAUCUCGCUAACUUCGCGGAUACGCUUCCCUCCCCCUCGCGGAUCACACACGCACACCAGGGCGGUCGAGCAGGAACACACCGUGACGACAACGGAACUUCCUGGCCCUCAAGUUCUUCGAUCCCGUCUUUAUCGCCCACCGUGCCCACACUGCGCAAUUGCUAAAAGCGCAGCAGCCAGCAAUCGAGAAGCGACGACCGGAUUCCCCGCCGCAACAUCCUAAACAUCACCUAGUAUAUCUUCAAUCCCUUCCUUUACGCACCCGCGACACUCCAUUGUUGCCAGUCGCAGACAACAAACAAAACAGCUGCCUGACACACUGCAUCAUCCAUCCAAGUCACUGCUGCUUCUGUCCGCUCCUCGUUUCUUGCUGUUGAUAGCUUCUGUCGCCCACCCUCGUUCGAUUCGAAGACUACAUCAACCUCAACUCCCGCCAGUCAGAGCACUUCGAGCCUUCCUUCAUUCCCCGACCCGUCGAGACGAUAUCCUCGACUGUCUUCUGAGUCCCGAUAUCCAUCGAACCCUGAAAUAGCACAGACCGAAAGCCCUACGAUAACAAGCACAACACCCAGAACCGCAACCAUGGGUGACGAAGAGGACUUCAGCUCCUUGCCCCUUACAGACCGCUGGGUACACAAGGUCUGGAAAGUACGCAAGGCAGCAUACGAAGAGGCCGCUCAGGCAUUCGAAAAGACCCCCGAUGAAUACGAUCCCGCGUUUCGACCGUUUGUCCAGGAUCCCAGCUUGUGGAAGGGUGCUGUCGCAGACUCCAAUGUCGCUGCGCAACAAGAAGGCAUGGCUGCUCUUUGCGCGUUCCUAAAGUUUGGCGGUCGUGAAGGCGCUGUUCGGUCGAGACAACACACCAUCACGUCCAUUGUCGAAAAGGGUCUCCCGUCUACUAGACCUGCCAUCAAGACAAACUCUCUCGAAGCGCUUCUUCUUUAUAUCGAACUCGACGUCCCCGGCCCCGUUAUUGAAGAAAUCCUUCCCGUCCUCUCUAACAAGGUUCCCAAGGUCGUCGCUGCUGCGCUCGCUGCGCUAACGGCCAUUUUCCACAACUAUGGUUGCAAGACGGCAGACCCCAAGCCCGUGCUCAAGUUCUUGCCCAAGGUCUUUGGCCAUGCCGACAAGAAUGUAAGAGCCGAGGCUACUAACCUUACCGUCGAGUUUUACAGGUGGUUGCGCGACGCCAUGAAACCCAUGUUUUGGGGCGAACUCAAGCCGACUCAACAAAAUGAUCUAGAACAACUGUUCGAAAAGGCCAAAUCCGAAGGAGCUCCCAAGCAAGAGCGUCUUCUUCGAUCACAGCAAGCUGCGCAGGCCGCUGCUCCUGCAGGAGGCGGCGACGAAGAUGAAGAAAUGGCCGACGCACCUGAGGAUGAAGACGUGGGGGAAAUCGACGCAUUCGACUUGGCCGAACCACAGGAUAUCAUCAGCAAAGUACCAAAAGAUUUCUUUGAGAAUAUCGCCUCGUCAAAGUGGAAAGAGAGAAAGGAGGCAUGUGAGGCGCUUUACGCGGUUGUGAACGUUCCAAGAAUCAAGGAGGGAGACUUUAACGAGAUCACACGUUGCUUGGCAAAGUGUAUGAAGGACGCCAACAUUGCCGUCGUUACGCAGGCAGCACAGUGUAUCGAGCUACUCGCAAAGGGUCUGCGAAAGGGCUUUGCCAAAUAUCGCUCUACCGUCAUGCAGCCUAUCCUCGAGCGUCUGAAGGAAAAGAAGCAGUCAGUGGCGGAUGCAUUGGGCCUUGCCCUGGAUGCCGUUUUCUUGUCGACUGAUCUAACGGAAAACAUGGAGGAUAUCACCGAGUUCCUCAAACACAAGAAUCCUCAAGUGAAGGAAGGUACCAUGAAGUUCCUCGUCAGGUGCCUGCGCACAACGAAGGAUGUCCCCAGCAAACAAGAGAUUGCGACCAUGGUUGAGUGCGCGAAGAAGCUUCUUGCCGAAAGCAGUGAAGCUCUUCGCUCGGGUGGUGCCGAGGUUUUGGGUACGAUUAUGAAGAUCAUUGGCGAACGGGCAAUGAACCCACAUCUCGAAGGCUUGGACGACAUCCGCAAGAACAAGAUCAAAGAGUUCUACGAGGCAGCUGAGGUCAAGGCCAAGGAUAAGCCAAAGCCGCCUCCGCCAGCAGCUCGAGCACCGCCUCCGGGUCCUGCGAAGAAGGGUCCCGUCAAGAAGGCACCUGCCGGUGCCAAGAAGCCAGCAGGAUUUGGCGCAGCGGCGCCUCCUGCCCAGACACCUACACCAGCCCCUGCCGCCGCCGCGCCCCCGCGCAUGGGUGGUCUGGGUAACAAGAUGGGUGUACCAAAACCGGGUGGUGCUGCUCCUAGCGGUGGUCUUGGUGGCGGUAUCAAGGCCCCACAGAAGCGGUCGGCAUUUGCUGCGCCGCCAUCUCCUCGUCGCGCGGAGCCAGAGCCGGAACCGGAGCCUAUGGACCUUGAUGAUCCGCCUUCCCCCGAGGAGCAACGGCCAGCACCACCACGCAUGGGACUCGGACGUGGCGGUCUCCAGCCAGGGGGUCUUGCUGGGCGUUCCCUGGCGAAGCCGGUACCAAUGGAUUACACCCCUACUCCCCCAAUGCCACCCCCACCUUCAGGCCUUUCCCACAUUGAGCGUGCUGAACUUGAAGAGCUCCGAGAUGCCAAUGAUCGCCUGCUGAAACAACUUGAGGAUGCUCGUCAUGAUCGGUCGAAACUCUUGUCAGAGAUCCAGGAACUUAAGAACCAGAAUGCUUCCUUGAUUGAGGACCAUACCAGGGACGUGCUCUCGAUCAAGGCCAAGGAGACCCAGCUGGUCCGGGCCCGUAGUGAUUUUGAAGCGGCCGAGCAGACCAACGACCGGCUGCGCCGUGAGCUGGACAGGCUCAAGCGAGCUCUGAGCCACACCGAGGAUCAACUACGCCACGCGAACCGUGCCCGGCCGGGCAGCCCCAGCUCGCCUCACAUCGGUCUUGGAGUCAUGAGCCCGACCCACGACGGUGGCAUUUAUAACGAUAACGGCUACCAGCAACAGUCAGCGAAUAGGAACCGCAUGAGCUUUGCCAGCAGCAUGAGUGAGGAGAAGGAGAACGGCGGCGACGGCAUGAUGGGCGGCUUCCACCAGAAGGUGAGCCCGGACCCCAGGUACCAUCAAGGAGGUAGCGGAGGAAGCAGCGGCCGUGGUACCCCUGCUGGUUUCCGUCAGCCGGUGGAGGAGGCUAGGAGCUCCGAGUCGCUGGCUUCUAUGGGUUUCGGUGGCUACGGAGCGGAGCGGUCCAGCAGUAGGACUGGCAUGAGGACUGGCGCGAGCAGGUUACAGGCUCCUUCGAGUGGUACAGCGGGUGGAAUGGAAAGCUGGAAGAGGGCUGCGGAAGUGACGAGCCAGUUGAAGGCUCGGAUAGAGCAGAUGAAGGCCAAGCAGGGUCUCAACCGACCAUAGUCCGGCAUUUUUGCUUGUUCAUGUUGCCGUGGCGGCAUUCUUCCCCUAUCGCCGAAUGCUAUUAUUGUUGAGUAUAGGAAUUGCGAUUUAUUAGAGCACGUGGAAUGUAGCGUGCAACGAGGGUAAAAAGGGGGAGAUUAUAAAAUGGCAUUUGUAUAUUUUGGAGAAUGCAUACACAUGGUCGGCGUCGGAAAAAGAGAGGAAUUGUAAUCACACCUCAUACCCCUGUACCUGAUUGUUCCUUGUAUGCCUUGCUUCCUCUUGCUUGGGUCAUUCGCUUCCCUCCAACUUUGAUGCUACUCUCUCUGUAGUGUUUGAGUUUCUUUUUCUAUGGGAGAAAACAUGGACUGUAUAAGUCAGCUACGUAGUAUGAGACAAGCUGAGGCCAAGCUAUAUGGGAAGGAAUAUGCAACACCUGAUAACCAAGACAGGGCCGAAUAACGGAUGCACGUAGUGGUGUGCAUCAGAUUGAGGAAACGUCAAACAUGAAUACGAGUAUAUGUUACCCGUGUCAACGAG